AUGUCGCUCUCAGGCAUGGGCCUGACGCAGGCGCAGGUCCUGGACGCCCGGCGCCGCAAAGUGCGGAAAGGAACCCACAGCUGCUGGGAGUGCCGGCGCCGCAAGAUCCGCUGCCAGUUCUCGUCGCCGGAUGAUGCUGUCUGCAUCGGUUGCCGGGCGCGUGGAUCCGCUUGCCGCAGCCAAGAGUUUUCCGACGAAACGCCGUCGCCGCCACAGCAGGUGCCGGAGAAGAAGGUGGCCCAACGGCUCGACAGACUCGAGACCAUGAUGGAGCAGCUCAUGACACAUGUCAUGGCGGGGCCUCCUCCCCCGCCGCAGCAGAAUCAAUAUCAAGCAGACCAGCACAUGGGACCGGACAAGAGUGCAGCUCAUGCCGGCCACGGCCAGGCGACCCAACACACUCAGGACCAUCAGAGCCACCGCCACUCAACAUCUGGCUCUCCGUCCGUUGCCGAUGGCAUCGGCCUGACCUUCAAUGCCGAAAACGACUGCAAUGAGUGCGAUGCCUACAUUGAUACAGCGUAUGAGCAAGUUAGCAAAGUAUACAAAGAUCCGACUGACAUCGUCGCCCAUGUUUGCCCUACUGCUGCCGGCAAGCAGGGCUACGGUAAACUUGACGUCCUUGAGAUGUCCACAGCCGAAGACACACCCGUCGCCGCACUUCUCGGCAUUCAGGAUUCACUUUCCAACAACAGCGGCGGCGGUGUCAGCGGCAGCGGAUCAAGUCCCAACAACCAUGGUACCCCGUCUUCCUCCUCCAAUCUCCACACACGCGCUACUGCUGCAGCCGUCUCAGCCGUGCUCGGUACCUCGACAGAUGCGAUUUUGGCUGGAUCAGGCCACAGCCCUGGCUCGAUGGAUGUCACCGGCAACUCUCCGAACGGUGGUCAGGGAAGUGCAGCAGGCAGCUCCAGCCAAGAUGUGCGUGGAUCGGCAAACAGCUCAGGUUCAGCCACCUCCGACACUGGAGGUACAACAGGCACAGCAGCUACAAAAGAUUCGACAGCACCCUCCGCGUCGAUGCUCUCUACACGGUCAGACGACCCGGUCAGCGAGGAAUGGCGCCGCCACCGGCACCUCAGCAGGAUGUUGGUUUCGCUUUUUCCGUCACAGGAAGACAUGAACACGAUUGCGGCUUACUCCCCGAAACAUAACUUUUUGUCUCUCUUCCACUCAAAGCACGAUAUUGCAUCAGGCCGCUGCGAACCGGCAUCGAAACUGCGCGAGAUCCCGCCCAUGAGCCUGCACCCAACGGCCAUCGCGCGGCGGCUUCUUCAAUUGACCCUGUGCAUGCAACAGAUGGCCCCGUGCUUCGCACUGCAAGGCAAGCUGCAGAUGAAAGAGUCCUUGUCCGCGGUCAUUAAUCGCAUAGCCGGCGUCGUCACCCACACUGUUACCUCCAACGACGAGCUCAUCGGGUCCGUCGAGGGUCUCGAGUGCCUCGUUCUGCUCGGCGAGCAGCAGUCCAAUACCGGCCAGCUGCGCAAGGCCUGGCUGAGCUACCGCCGCGCCAUGAGUCUGGCCCAGCUGAUGGGCUUGGACCGCGGCAAUACGCGCGCGCUGAAAUCCUGUGACCCGACGUCUGACGCGCGUCUGCGGCCCACCCCGGCCGCCAUGUGGUACCGCAUCAAUGCGUGCGACCGCUACGUCUCGCUUCUGCUGGGCUUGCGGGCAGGUUGCCAGGAUGAUGACGUUUAUCCGCCAUCCCAGCAGCCCGGCGAGAAAAACUCUGUGGAGGAAGACAUGGACACGCCCGUCGAGAAGCUCGAAAAGGCGCACAUGAUCGUGGCCGGCCGCAUCAUCGAACGGAACCACAGCAAGAUCUCCCUCGAGAAGUCGUAUGACGUGACCCAAGCUAUCGACGCCGAACUCCAGGCUGCCGCCUCGCGCAACCUUGGUCCUACCUGGUGGGAGGUGCCCUCCUAUGACCCCAGCUCCCGGCCCGACUUUAUUGCCAACGAGAUGUCGCGCGCUGUCCUGCAGAUCCACCACCACUGCAUUCUUAUUUUGCUACAUCUGCCGUACAUGCUGCGCGGCGAACACCCAGCAGCCACCGCCGCCAAGAUGAUGGCGGCCUCCAGCUCGGCUGCCACGAGCAUGUGUGAGGGUCACGGCAUGGGCAACAUCCCUACCAAUGUGGGCAAUACCCCCAAUGACGUGGGCAUCUCGCCACAACGCAACGAGGCGAUGGACGAGAGCCGCAGCUGCAGCGGCGGCCUGGCCUAUAGCAAGGCCACCUGCCUGCAGUCCAGCCGCGCCGUCCUCAAGCGCUUCGUCACCUUCCGCCGGCUCGUCAACACGGCCUUUUCCUGCCGACAAGUCGACUACGCCUCCCUGAUCGCCGCCAUGACGCUUAUCAUUGGUUACCUCGGACCCCGUCCCACCCUCGACUCCGACCCCAACGUCUUGGAUGCCUUUGACACCCAACUUCGGCAGGACCGGGCAAUGGUCGAGCAGGUGCGCGAGUCCAUGGAGCGCCUCGGCAAAGUCAACAACGACAAGCUAUCACGGGAGUCGGCUGCGACGAUCCAGCAGUUGAUGCCCAUUCUCGACUUGGUAGCCAAAAAGUCGGAGUCGGAAGUUGCCGCCGCAGAUGCGGAUGCAGGUGCCGGUGGCGGCAGCAACGGCCAUGCCCUGUCAUCACAACACCUACAAAACAACUUUGACGCCUCGACAUCGCCAACGACAAAGGAGAGCAACAACUAUGGCCACGACGGCAAUAUGCGGAACAACACGACCAGUUCACAUAGCGGUGACACCGGUGUCGGUGCCGAGGCUGCUGCCGGGGCGGGCUCAACAGGAACACCAGGGGCAGGGACGUCUUCAGUCCGUCUCAACGUUCCUUACUUUGGCACGGUCAACAUCCACACCAACGUUACCACGGGCACGUCGUCCAUGUCACCGUUCUACCCACAGCCACCACAGACCCCAUACCAGCAGCAACAAGAGCAAUUGCAGCUCCACCACGAGUUGUCUGAGCAGCCUCAAACGACCAGUGCCUCGCUUGGUGUUGCCUCCGCCCCGACAUUCAGCCCCGACGCCAUCACUGUGCCCAUCUCGUACGAUCUCCUUUCUUCACCAAGCGCUGGCCAUCCUGUGCUCGACUGGGGUAGCCAUCUACCGAGUCAGCAACAGCCACAUCAGCAACAGCAGCAGCAGCAGCAGCAGCAAACGAGCCAUCAAGGCUCAGUCGAUCUCAACGAUAUGCUGGUCGACUUUGACCCCAUGCCGAUGAGCGACGAUGGCGACACUACCACCAGUGCUCCCAAUGGUGAGGGAGGUGGUGCGCCUACCAGUAGCGACGGCCUCUAUGGAUUUGGCGGCGUGGCGGCCUUUCCCGACAUGACCGGGUCAAGUGACGACUGGGUCAUGCAAGGCGUCGACACGACGUACUGGUCGCUGCUGAAUGGCGGCGGCGGGUCAUUUGGCGGACAGAUGGGGUGA